GAAAACCUCUGAAAUCCGCAGAGCGACCUUUCUCUGGCCAGGCUAAAGCUCGCCACUCGCACUUGCCCUUUGGUUGGCAGGCUAAUGUGGGUUUUGGAAGAGCCCCUCUUGGAAGGCAUACCAUCUCUAAGUAGGAGACUCCCUGACCCACAUGUAGGGGGUCACCCCCACACAGUCUCCAAGAAUCCCCCUGUAACUGUGGGAGACUUUGCAGAAACCUGAAGUUCUGAACAUGAAAACACGGAGAAAUUCUCACAGGAGCAUUCCUGGCAAUGGGUGGGCGCAGUCCCGGGGUUGGAUCCAGGUUUAUGCUGGGCCAGCUGCAUUGACAGAGGCCCAUCCAGCUCCCCUGAAAGCGCCGCACCAAGAGACAGUGACGGGGGGCUCGGGCGGAGGGAGCUUCCCUGGCAGGAGACAGCUCCUGAACCCAACCCUAAGAGUGCAAGGGAGGGGCUCCUGGUGGGGGAGGGGGCUGGGACCCGGGGCCCCCCGCCCCAGCCCGGCCCUUCUCUGGAGGUUCGGUGGGUCAGUGCAGGAGGGGGAGGCCCAGGCGCCCUCCUCAGCCUGCGGCCCUCCAGCUGCCAGACUGCUGCCGUCGAGAGUCCUCCGCAGCACAAAGGACAUGGCGAACGGGCUUCCCGCCGGGAGGAGCGCCAGCCCAGCACCACCGGCCCUUGGGCUCCAGAGAGCGGCGUGUGCCGCUGUGGGGGAGCGACUCUUCCCGAAACGUCUCCGCCAUGGCAGUGGCCUGGGCAGCGAGCGAUGCCUCCCGCACUGCCGUUUUGUGAGUGCCCGGCCGCUCCCAAGAUGGCGCCCCCGACUCGCAGCACGGGGCACGUGGCCCGCCUCCCUUGGCUCUGCCGGGCCACCUCCGUGUGCUUGGCUUGAGGGGGCCGGCGGCGGUGGGUGGACGCCCCAGCCUGGGCCGCGUCCACCGGGGGGCCUUGGGGGCCUGGCCCGGAGCCCCUCGUGGCCGCCGCCUCCCUUCCUCUCAUCACCCGCCUCGCGUCUGUCUGUCUGUUGUCUCCAUCUUCCACAGGCAGAGCACGAGCUGCGGCUGGCGCAGACGGAAUUCGACCGGCAGGCGGAAGUGACCCGCCUCCUCCUGGAGGGGAUCAGCAGCACGCACAUCAACCACCUGCGCUGCCUUCAUGAGUUCGCAGAGGCCCAGGCGGCGUAUUAUGCGCAGUGUCACCAGUACAUGCUGGACCUGCAGAAGCAGCUGGGCAGGCUUCCAGGAACAUUCGUGGGCAACGCCGAGUCCACGUCCCCACCGCCACUCACUGCUUCCCCCACGGCUGUCGCCGCCGCCACAGGCCCCGCGGUGCCGGUCAUUCCAGUGGUGCCCACCGUCGUUGGCGCGCCCGGCUCUGCCCCGGCUGUCGAGGCUCUCAGUCCCAGUGAUGUGAAGCCCACGGCCAGCGGGACGCGGAAGGCCCGAGUGCUGUACGACUACGAGGCCGCAGACAGCACUGAGCUGUCCCUGCUUUCGGAUGAGAUGAUCACUGUGUACAGCCUGCCAGGGAUGGACCCCGACUGGCUCGUAGGAGAGAGGGGCAACCAAAAAGGCAAGGUCCCCGUCACCUACUUAGAACUGCUCAGCUAAGUCUGCCUGGGAAGGAAUUCUCCAAGCAAGCCACAUCCCUUCCUGUGUCCUGGCCAUUCUCUUUUCUUCACUCCUGAAAGGCUUUUGACUCUUUCACUGACGUCCGCUUGAACAUCCGAGGUCUGUUUUUGCUCACUUAGUGUGUGGAUUAAGGCGCCGAGUUGACUGAGAAGUUGCUGGUAACUUGUUGGGUCACGCUGGUGGGGAGCUCCUCGGCCUUUCCAGCGCUUCCAAGAUGGAGCUUGUCCAUCGUCCACCCAGUCGGAGCUCUGAAAGUUGGCAGAGAGAGUGGGGAGAGAGAAGCCGUUUUGUGCUGGCUGACAGGCGCACCGACAGCCCUGCCCCGCUUGCUCUCGUGGCCACAGGUAUUUCUUCCGUUCAAGCUGCACAGACGUUCUCUUGCAUUCAGCUAUCUCUGGAUGCGUCUCUCUUUUCCUAUUGUGGUUUCCACUAGCCAUGUUGUCCCGGCUUGUUUCCUCUCAGGCCUCCUGCUGGCCAUCUUACAUGUAUUCCACUGGAGUUGAGUGCGUAAGAUGCUGCAGGGCAGGUUUAAUUCUCGAUUUAAGCCCAAUCCAGAAUUCUCACAGAGGUGUUACAAACUGAGGGCAGAUGAGACAUCAAGAACUCCAGAGGAAUAUUCAGAUGUUCCUGGAAGGCAGCAUUUCUGCUUCCUGGGUUGGGCAACGUGUGACCCUUCAAAGGUGUUGGACCACAACCUACGUCAGCCCUGGCCAGCGGUGAGGGAUGAUGGGAGCUGUAGGCCCACACCUCUGAAGAGCCACAGGUGACCACCUCGGCCAGCGGUGGAUUUGGAGGCACUUCCGGAAAACGAGGCACACUCCAGACGAACUGGGAGAGGGGGCUAGUUACGGUUUGGGGCUGGAUUUGCCAGUUCAGGUCCUGAUACCGUUUGCUUUUCUGCGUUGCUGAGUUUACAUUGCCAUCUUCCCCUACACCCACUUCCAAAGAACUGCUUUUAUCCCUCCCCCCACCACCUGCCUGCCCCCAGGUCGUUUACUAACUAGCGUUUUACAUUGGUUACAGAUCAGUUCCGUUCUGGGGGUUUUCUCUCUUCCGGGACAAUUUCAGGCUUGGAAGGGCCCCCUGCUGGACAGCUUAUCUGGCCUGCUCUGCUUUUGUACUCAGAGUAGCAGCGGAGAAACUCGGGGGGGGAGGGGUGCUGAUCAGACGGCAAGAUCCCAUCCUUGCCAAGGGCCUCUCCUUCCCCAUCACCUGGCUCAGGUGUAGAGUAAGCCAUAUUUCUUUCUCUGGAGGGAGGGGGACACCCCUUUAAGACAAGAGCUUGGUGCAAGUGAAAACCCUGAGCACCUUCCCCACGGCCUGACAUUCCAGGCGCAACGGUGUGCGACACCCUCUUUGCGUGGCUUUUGAGCCGUCCCUUGAGCCUUUGUCCUGGUUCAUCACCAGGAGGAGCCAGUCCAGUGAGCCGUCCUGCUGCCCAUGGCGGGCAUUUGCCAGCGAAUGCCUUGCUUGUGCCCCCUGCCUCGCUCCGUUGGGGACUCUCCUCAUUCCCGAGGCUCCACCGGGGCUCAGGUCAGCUCCUGCCUGACGCUGCAGCGUGGGUGGCCUGGCCCCCCGAGGCAGCAGUCAAGAGGGGGCAGAAAGCUCCUUCCCUCGUCCCUGGGGUCUCCGGCUGUAACCCCACUUCUGAGAGAGGACACUGGUGUUUCUGGCACUGGGGGAUGACGGAAUGAACCUGGAGAGGGAGCUCAAGGCAGCCGUUCCUGGCCACCUGGUUACCUGUUAAUGGAGGCCCUCUCGCUCGGAGCCCUUUGUGGCCCGGGAGGUGUUGGGGCCUGUGCUUCCCAUGAGCCCUAGCUGGCCUGGCAAAUGAUGCUGUGUGAUGGAAGCUGCUGGCAAAGAGAUCUGGAGGGCAGCAGCUGGCCCACUGCUCUCCCCGGGGGUGAAGCCAGUGUGCUGCCUGCUUCCUUUUGCGAUAGCUGACAUGACGCAAACUCCUCCUGACCAUUUCCUCUCUGACAAACGGCCUGUCAAUGCCACUGAUGUUCCUGACUGAACGCUCAUCUCCUGCAUGGUCUUGUCUUGGUCCGAGUUCCCCUAAAAGCCACCUUUCUGCACCCCCGUUUGCUGUGGCAUCUGUCUGGCCCCUGAACAGCCAGGAACACCUGUCAACCCUUUCCUUUGGGCUCUUGUAUUUUUGCCGAGGUUCCACUUUUUACUUUGCUGUGCAGUCCUUUGAAAUGUUUUGGGCGAGGAGCAAAAUGUAAACAGCAAGGUCUGAUGCUCUUGUCACUGCUACCUUUGACUAAUAAACUUAUACAUGCAACUCAC